CCCGGCUGCUCCGAGAGAAGCCACUUCAACCCAGCCGGGAAGACGGGCGGCUCUCGGCGGCGCGGCUAGACAUCUGGGACCCCGAGCACCAGGCAUCUGGGACCCUGAGAGCCGGGGAUCUGGGACCUCCCCCCAAGUCCUACUCCACCUGCGGCACCACCGGCCUCGGCUCGCAUCACCCGAUCGGCUCCCUGCCGGGCUUCAGCAGCGGCCCGGGAGCCCAUCCCCACCCGCGGCGACAGAGGAGCACGAGGAAGGCAGGUAAAUGGGGGCCAGGCAGUCUGGUGCCCGCUGCAAGGACAAGGGCCCCCCGGGGCGGGGGUUCCUGCGGGGGAGGCAGAAGUUCUCCCCGUGGGACGAUGCUCUGCUCUCGGGGAGGGACCCGCGGUGUCUGCUGAAGCGGGGCCUGCGGCACGUCAGUUUCAGCCUGGUCACCAAGGGCAUGACGGAUGCUCCCGACUUCCUGUGGAGCCUGUCGGAGGUGCAGAAGCUCAACCUGUCCCACAACCAGCUCCGGGCCCUCCCGCCCGAGGUGGGGAAGCUGACGCGGCUGGUGGUCUUGAACCUGUGCGGGAACCGCCUGAAGACCCUGCCCCGGGAGGUCAGCCUCCUCCAGAGCCUCAAGGUCCUGUUUGUGCACAUGAACUGCCUGACGGAGCUGCCGGCAGAGCUGAGCGCCUGCCGGAACCUGGAGGUCCUGAGCCUGUCGCACAACUUCCUGUCCCAGCUCCCCGCCAGCCUCGCCGACCUCUCCCGGCUGCGCAAGCUGAACCUCAGCCACAACCGCUUUGCCCACAUCCCUGUCUGCGUGUUCUCGCUCAGGGAGCUGGACUUCCUGCACGUGGGCUCCAACCGCCUGGAGAGCAUUGCCGAGAGCAUCCAGUGCCUGGCCAGCCUGCAGAUCUUCAUUGCCGAGAGUAACAAUAUCCACACCUUCCCCUACUCUCUCUGCCUGCUCACGAGCCUGGAGCUGCUGAACUUGAACAACAAUGACAUCCAGACCCUCCCCGAGGAGCUCUACCUGCUGCGCAGACUGGCCAGGAUCGCUUGGAACCCCAUGGACAAAGGGCUUCACAUUUCCCACAACCCUUUAUCCAAACCUCUGCCCGAGCUGCUGGAGGGGGGUCUGGAGAUGCUCUUUAGUUACCUGAAGGACAAAAAACACACCUGACGUGGGUGCCGGAGACACAGACAGACUCAGCCUGGUACUUUCCUGGUCUAAACCUUCUCCUCUUCCUCUUUCUGUGGGUCGAUGCUUGUGCUAUUAUUUGCUAAAUCACACUGAACACCCCUUCUAAGGAGGUGUUUGCUUUUAGCUCUGUAUAUUCUUAAUAACCCACAGAAUACUAUGUUCAUCUCCUUCUAAACAUUAAUUGAAAGAGGACUUGGGUUUUCCCCAAAGAGAAAUAAUUCUGAUUCUCUGGGGAGCGGUGGGAUUCGGCCUUUGGAAGGGAGGACAGCAGGUCUGAUUCAAAGUCAAUCAAAAGUGAAAUAUUUGCUAAGUACGUGCAGUGGGCCAGGUACGAUAUAGGAGGUAUUGACACCGUCUGGUUUCAGCCCCUGAGUUGGCAACGUGCAGCUGGGUAGCAAUGGCAAGACAUGCUCCCACCUCAGCCGCCAUCAAGCAUCACUUGGGACCAAAGAGCAAGCUGGGGCCCUGCCCUCCCGGCAAUGACCAAAUCAGCCAGAGCUUCCCCACGAGUCCGGGGGGAAACGACCGCAGGAACUUUGCCUCCAGAAUGACUGUUGGGUAACAAUCUAGCCGCUCAUGCUGGCGUCUGGUGACCCCAACAUCAAUUUCCCAUCCGGCAAAGAAGGCAGCCAAUUCCUGCCUUUACCAUGAGACACCGUCGUUCCAUGAGCACCUUAGUGCAUGAGCUGUUGCGUUGAACCACUGCAAACAGAUCUUACCAGUGUCACUGGAAGGCAACUGCAGUCCCCUCCACAUCCCCCUCCACAUACCCGUCCAGCAGCAACCGGAGACCUGCUUAUCCCCGCCAGGCACACACAGGCACACUCAGUAACCACACCCACGUGUGCUUGCUGGAGCCAAGACUAUUUAAAGACAUCAGAGGAAUUCUUACUUGACCUCAUGACUCAGUGGGAAACUGUGGAACGCACCUUCCUCUGCAGAGCAGGACUGAGGCUGGAGCUGGAGCCCAUAUGUGCAGCUGUCACACAAACACCACUUGUGCCAGGAUCGCGCUCAUGGUGUCUGCUGCUGAAGACCCACUUGGGCUCACGUUGAAUAUCCAUGACCUUGCUGUGGCGGAGAAGCAGGCUGGAACACCACCAUCAUGCUUUUCCUGCUGAGCAAUCAUUUUAUUUCCUCUCCUCGCUUUUUCAGUCACUUGAUACCUCACGGUAACUCUACUCCAGGGAAAGAACGUAACCAUAUUUUGAAGGUGACCCAAGAGCUUAUUAUACUCCUUUUUUUUUUCAAUAUUUUAUUCAAGGUUUAUUUUAAGUGAUGUUAAUUACAGCAUUUGAAGGGGAGGAAUUAAUUCCACACAAAAUGGAAGACUCUAAAAUGUACCCAUUAAACUGCUAAAAAAUAAACUGAGUGGCGAGAAUACAACAGAAGUUCAAUUUAGAUUCUGAGUGUUGCCACCAUGUGAUUACAGUCACCGAGACUCUUCCCAGCUUGCAGCUGGAGCUCUUAGAAGCUAUUUCAUACUCUGGUGCAAGGGCAAAAAAACACAGCAUGAGAAAAAACACAGUUAAGUCCUGAAUUACUGGCUUCAUCACAUCCACCUUCUCCACCCCAAAAUGGCACAAAAGAAGCAGCUACCACGCCCUGCAGACUACUUUUGGUGUAAUAGAGGUGAUGGAUUGGGGUGGAAAAAGUCCCUUUCAGAUGAGUUUGUAUACACCAUCAAACAGCCUCUCCUCAAUCAGGGUAGGAAACCAAGGUUCAAUUCUCAGGAAGUCACAAUUUCAUUCAUUUACUCAAUACGAAUUUACAAAUUACAAAGUGCCUGCAAAUUAUCAACUUCCACUUGCAGCCAUUUCUAGGUAAAAAAGAAACCUGACAUCUCUAGAGAGGCCAGCAAGCUCCCCCUCAAGUCUACAGCUGAAAGGACCUUUUUUGAAAUUGGGUUUCUUCUGUACCUCUGCAAGGGUAACACCCUAAAGCUGAAUCAUCUUUAACCUGGAAGUCUAACAUGAUAUUUAGCGAUACUUGCAUCCCAGACAUACAACAUUAAAAGGUACACUAAAUUCUGAAGGUAGCUAUGCUGCAAAAUAGUUUAAAAUUAAAUGA